AUGGACGUUGAUGUCGUGGCGGCGGAUGAUGCCCCCUCGACUUCGAGACCUCUUGCAUCCGCUGGCCAGGACUCUCAGACGCCCCCUGUGCCACUCGGCGUGGUCAACAAGCUGGACGAUGCGGAGAAGAGGGAUCAACAGUGGCAGAAUGAUGCCACGGUGAACGAGUGGCGGACGGCGCCCGGCGAGGCGGGCACGCUAGGCCGAUUCGGGAAGUGCGUGUUGGAUGCGCUUCGACCGACAGUGGACGACGUCGUGGCCGUCGUCACCGAGUUGCGCACCGUCGGCUACCUGUUUGCCAACUUCCACGCCAUCCGUAUGGUGGAGGAGUUUGAGCGGCGAAAGCAGGCUGGCCGGGCGGAUGCGGAUGCGGCACUGCAACCACUUGACAAGACUUUUUUUUACAGAUGCCUGACGCUCAUUUGGCGACCUCGCGAGGCAGCCGGCGGAAAUGCAGGCACUGGGGCGAAGGCGGCGUUCUCACCGCUGGCCGACUCCGUCGCCCGCUUCCAGCAGACACUCGAGCGGGCUGGUGUCGACCUCCAGCCGCCCGACAUGGAGUACAUCGGCCCCUUCAUCCAUGAAGCGGCGGGGGACCUGGCUACGGCGACGGCCACCUACUAUAAGAGGGAGCUCCUCCGCCAUCUCCAGCAGAAGGCCAAGCUGGAGCUAGGGGUCGGUGACACUGCAGCGUCAGCCGCCGCCGCCACAGAGCUCAAGCGCAAGGUUGAGGAGCGUGCGAAGCAGCACGCGGCCAACAAGGACGCCGGCAUCCCCAGCAAGCGGCGGGGCUUGGGCAAGCAACGGCGCGCGGCGCUGGCCAAGCGCAAGGAGGCCGCGGCGAACGCCGCCGGCAGCCCCGCCCAGAGCCCCCAGAAGCCGCCGCCGUUGCGGCACAUCGGGCGGCUGUUCAGCCUCCUGCCCUGCAGACAGGGCUUUGAGGCGGUGCACAUCACCGGCACCCUGACGACGCUGUGGGCCUUCUUGCGGCGGCAUGAGAAGUUAGACAGGGGCGGCGUGGCGAGGAUGACGGGGCUGCAGCUUCCCACCGAGAAGGAGCUAUGA